ACUGUAGACGGUAGACCUCUCCAUCCAUAAAUACCCACUCUCCACUCACUUCUCAAAACACCCAUCAAAAAGAUUCACAACAUCAUCGUUACUCUUCUCUCCACACCUCAAAUCCAACCCCCUCUCUCUCUCUCUCUCUCUCUCUCUCUCUCUCUCUCUCUCUCUCUCUCUUUUGCUAUGGCCAAAGACAUCGAAGUCGGAGGGCGCGGCGGCGAGUACGCCCCCAAGGACUACCAAGACCCGCCACCGGCGCCGUUGAUCGAUGCGGAGGAAAUGGCCCAAUGGUCCUUUUACAGGGCUAUAAUUGCUGAGUUCAUUGCAACUCUGUUGUUCCUUUACAUCACUGUUUUGACAGUGAUUGGAUACAAGAGCCAAACUGACCCAACCAAGAAUAGCGACGCCUGCGGUGGCGUGGGCAUUCUCGGCAUCGCUUGGGCAUUUGGUGGCAUGAUUUUCGUCCUUGUUUAUUGCACUGCCGGUAUCUCUGGGGGCCACAUAAAUCCUGCCGUGACAUUCGGGCUGUUCUUGGCUAGAAAGGUGUCCUUGGUCCGAGCAAUAAUGUACAUGGUGGCUCAGUGUUUAGGAGCCAUUUGUGGUUGUGGGCUAGUCAAGGCCUUCCAAAAGAAUUAUUACGUUAAGUACGGUGGUGGAGCCAACGAGCUCUCCUCCGGGUACAAUACCGGAACUGGACUUGGGGCUGAGAUCAUCGGCACCUUUGUUCUUGUAUACGUUGUUUUUUCGGCCACUGAUCCCAAGAGAAAUGCCCGUGAUUCUCAUGUCCCAGUUUUGGCACCACUCCCUAUUGGAUUCGCGGUAUUCAUGGUUCACUUGGCCACCAUCCCAAUCACCGGCACUGGCAUAAACCCAGCCCGAAGCUUCGGAGCAGCUGUGGUCUAUGGCAAACAAAAAGCCUGGGACGAUCAGUGGAUAUUCUGGGUCGGACCGUUUAUUGGUGCUGCCAUUGCCGCCUUCUACCACCAGUACAUCCUCAGAGCGGCAGCGGUUAAAGCUUUGGGAUCUUUCAAAAGCACUGCUUACUAAGAACUGUGGGAGUACUAUUUCAAAACUUCAAGUCUGUGUUUGCAAAGGGGAAUUGGGAAUAUCGGGUGAAGUUGUAAAUAAGUAUUGGUGUGGAGGAUAGUACUGUGUGUCAAUUGGGUUGGGUUGGUUUUGUGUGAUCUUGGCACUUGUUUUUAACCGUGCCCAAUCGUGCUGUCAUCUGCUCUGUUUUCAUUCUCUCUGUUUUUGCCUUUGUGCUAUGUUGUCUUGUCACGGUGUUGUUUUUAUCUCCCGUUUGAUGUAAUUGCCGUAAUUGUAUUCUUCUACGGCUUGUAAUAAAAAAAUAAUAAUAAUGUUUUUCUUACAUGGCAA